CAUAUGUUUAAAUUUUCAUAUUUACAGAUACGUUAUCGGAUAUUUUAAAUAAAGGCGCUUGCCGCUUCCUUAUGAAGUUUAUAUACUCUGGGUAAUAUUAUCUCUGAUGUUUAUGUUACAGACACUUUAGAUAACUAUAAUUUAUCAUAACCAAAUUAAUCUUUUAUAUUAUACACAAGAUAGGACAGAUUUAUUUUCGUUUCCAUUAAUAUAAUAUUGAAAAUGAGUUCAAAAAUAGCUGUCGUUACCGGAGCGAACAAAGGGAUCGGUUUUGCGAUAGUUCGAGGUCUUUGCAAACGUUUCGAAGGCAUUGUUUACCUGACAUCGCGAGACGAAAAACGCGGCGCUGAAGCCGUCGCCGCUCUUCAGAAAGAAGGACUAAACCCAAACUACCAUCAACUCGACAUCACAGAUCCUAAAAGUGUUACAGUUUUUCGUGAUUAUGUGAAGACAAAGUAUGGUAACAUAGAUAUUUUAGUUAAUAAUGCUGCAAUUGCUUUUAAAAGCAACGCCCCAGACCCAGUAGCAGUGCAGGCUGAAGAAACUCUGAGAGUCAAUUACUUCUCAGUUGUUUCUAUUUGCGAAAUAUUGUUUCCAUUACUUCGCAAUGGAGCUAGAGUUGUGAAUAUUUCUAGUUCAUGUGGUCAUUUAAGCUGUAUUCCUAGCGAAAAACUAAGGCAACGAUUCCAAGACCCUAAUUUGACUAUACCAGAGCUAUCAGACCUAAUGCGUCAGUAUGUAGAGGCAGCUAAACAAGGCACUCAUGCAGCCGAAUGGGGAAAUUCAUCAUAUGUUGUAUCAAAGGUUGGAUUGACAGCAUUGACUAAGAUACAACAGAGGCUUCUUAAUGAUAAAGAUAUCAAAGUGAAUGCUGUACAUCCUGGCUAUGUGGACACCGAUAUGUCAUCUCAUAAAGGCCCAUUGUCUAUAGACGAAGGUGCACAGGCUCCAUUGUUUCUAGCUUUGGAUGCUGCCGAUUCAGUCAAAGGUGAAUAUGUUUGGUGUGACAAACGGAUAGUCAGCUGGUCGGGAUCAAAACCAACAGAGAAUUAUUAAACUACACUGACUUUUUUUAAGUAAACUCGUAUAUUGUAAUCCUUUGUCAUUAAAAGCAAAAUCAUAUCUUGAUAGGCAAAGUUAUUUUUAUAUUCAACAAAGAGGUUGUUGAACAAUCUUUUUGCAUAAUGUCUAAUUGAAUUCUGUUUUUAAAGGUUUACUUUUGUAUUUAUAAGAGGUAUGGAUACCAAAAGUUAAAAAAAAAUCUAGAUUAUAAGAUCAUCAAAGUGGCGUAGCUAUCGUAGGGCCAGUUGCAGUGCACCAGGGCCCCUGA